CCUGCGCCCGCCGCGCUCGCCGCCGCUCGCAGCCUGGCAGUCCAUGGCCCCGACGCGGCUGCAGCUGGGCCUUCGCGCCGCCUACGCCGGCUUCAGCUCGGUGGCCGGCUUCUCCAUCUUCGUCGUCUGGACCGUGGUCUACAGGCAGCCGGGGACCGCGGCCAUGGGGGGACUUGCAGGUGUCCUGGCGCUGUGGGUUUUGGUCACGCACGUCAUGUACAAGCAGGACUACUGGAGGACCUGGCUCAAGGGGUUACGUGGCUUCUUCUUCGUGGGUGUCUUCUUCGCCACUGUCUCCAUGGCUGCCUUCUGCACCUUUCUCACGCUGGCCAUCACUCAGCACCAUAGCCUCACGGACCCCAGCAGCUACUACCUGUCCUGCGUGUGGAGCUGCGUGUCCUUCAAGUGGGCCUUCCUGCUGGGCUUGUAUGCCCACCGCUACCGCGCAGACUUUGCCGACAUCAGCAUUCUCAGCGACUUCUGACCUAGCCCUGCCCAUGUGGACCCUGGGAGAGGGCUGGCGAGGGCCACUCACCCUCAGGGUGGGCACUGGCAGGCAGCAGCGCUGGUCCCAUAGGAAGUGACGGGAGAGGGCUGGCGGGGCCACUUGCCUUGGGGUGGACACUGCCAGGCAGCAGCACUGAUUCCUACAGGAGGUGGGGCAGGAGGGGCUGUCCAGACACUGAACUGAACUGUUGCGGGGCUGAAGAAGCUGGGGUCCACACAGAGGUCCCCUUGGCCUGGCCUGAGGCUCCAGGGCUGAGAAAGUCAGGCAGAUGCAGAGUCUCAGCUGUGGGUGCCGGGGCCCUCCAUGGACUGCAUGCACAGGGGUUCCAGACCUGGACCCCAUCCUGGGUCUCGCUCCCUGGAGCCCAGGGACAGGUAGGUUCCAGCCCGGCCCUUGGGGCCCCAUAUACAUAGCCUGAGCUGGACACUCCUCUCACAGGCAUUUUUAAAGCAAAUAAAACAUCUAUUGUUCAGA